UUCCCCCAGAAACCAAAAAUAAAAUUCUCCAAUUAAUCCAUAAAUUUCCGCUUCCCCCGAAUUUAUCGGGAAAAAUAUCUAAUCCCAUUUCCCAUACCCAACCAACCAUAAUAUCCCAAUCCUCCCCUUCCUACUUCCGCCCCUCCGACUCCUACCACCAUCGCCCCCCCCCCCCCCCCCCCCGGCCGCCCCAACCUCAACACCUGCUUCUACCACACCGACCUCGGCAUUUUCUCUCUCAAUUGGUCCGCACCUUUCUCUACCACUCCCUCCACCUCUACCUCCUCCCCACCGACCACCCCCACCACGACGGCGGCGUGUGCUCACCACUCUCCCGCACCCACUCCACCCCCCACCGCUGUGCCGUCUCCUUCCACCUCUAGAUCAAGCCCUUCUUCUUCUGGAAGAAGCACAGCUCCAAGACACUCCCCGAGUUCCAGAUCUUCUAGGAACUCUCCCGGGCCAAGUUCGGAUUCGAGUCGGAGCCCCAGUCUGGAUUCUACAUCGACGUCGUGCAAAACCGCGAAAUCGUCCUACUCGUCGGGGACUUGACUAGAGAAGCAUGCGGGAAGCCCAAAUCGGGGCGGCGACCAUAGUCGAGCCAGUCGCUGGUUCUGAGGAGGGAACACGUCAUUGGGAACCGGGUUUACACGACGAGGGCGAGAUUCGAGAGCAGGAACCGCCAGAUUUCAAUCGAUUGCAACUGUGGGAGCAACGCCAGGCUGAGCUUCGCCGUCGAGGGAAAGAGGGUGCUGCAGAUUAAGCGGCUGAAGUGGAAGUUCAGGGGGAUCGAGCGGGUCGAGGUGGACGGGGUUCCGACCCAGAUCUCGUGGGAUGUCUACAACUGAAUGUUCGAGGAUGCGGGGAGCGGUGGCGAGCACACCGUGUUCAUGUUCAGGUUUGAGGGCGAGGAAGAGGAGUACGAUUGCGACAGCAGCGGAGGAGGGGGAAGUGGGUUAGCGAAGCCGCCGACGGAGAAGAGCAGAGGUGACGGCGUCGUGCCAUGGCAGAGUGGUGGUAACUCGUGGGGCGGGUUCGGGAUGAUGAAUAGGAUCGAGUGGAGGAAGGUGAAGAAGGGGGUUGAAGAUGAGGAUAACGGCGGCGAGGAAUUCGUCCUGGUCGUCGAUUUCGAUGUCGCUGGCGUCGUCGGUGGGGACGAACUCGUCGGCGAUGGAGUGGGCCAGCGUGGAGGAGAGCGAGUUGGGUGGUGGACUUCAGGGCUUCUCUUUGUUGGUUUACGCCUGGAAGCAAGAUUGUCAAACCGGUUUAUACUGUUAUGCCGGUUUUAUAAGAGAAAUGGUUCGAUCGUGGUACAACCUGUAUGUAUGCCGGUUUAAGUAAUUAGAUAGGAAAAAUAAGAUUAUAUAAAAAUAAAUAAACAAACUAUAAAAUGAAAAAGCCAAAAAAGGAGAGAUUUAUGUCUCGUGUAGGUGUAGGUACUACCCUUCUCCCAAAAUCCCCCCAAUAGACCUUUCUCCAACCCUAGUCGCUCCUCUCCCCUAUCCUUCUCAUUCCUUUUCCUCAGCCGUCCAAACAUAGAAUCAAAAGGGGAAAUAUCC